CCCCAAUUCAGUUUCAUUCUGUUGGUCGGAUCACAUAGUUCGUGUUGUGUUCGUCGGUUUAUCUUUCGCCCCUCAUACGCUCUGGUGUAUGACUGCAUAGUUUUUUUUCCUGUUUGUUUAUUUGUUGUGUUGUGUUUUGAACAUCAAUUUGAACGAAAUUAUUUUUAGCCAUAGUAAGCAUGAAGUGGUCUGUACUGCUAUUGUUGCUGGGUCUAGUGGCCUUUGCACAUGUUCGUGCUGAAGAGGAAGAAAUUGACGAUGAGGACUUGUUGGAUAAUUUCGAUCUUGGUGAUUUGGAUGAGAGUGAUGAGGAAUUGCUUAGGCAAUUGGAGGAGAAAAACUUGAAUAAGGAUGUGGAGCGUGAAAACGAAAUUGCCUCAAAGCUCGUUCAGGAUACCAACAACAUUGUGAACCCAGUCAUUGAAAUUGAUCCUUGCGAAAAAAUGCACUGUGGUGCUGGUCGUGUUUGCCAUUUGGAAGGUGUUACAGCCAAGUGUGUUUGCAUACCAGAAUGUCCCGAAGAAACUGAUACCCGCCGUCGUGUGUGCACCAACAAAAAUGAAACAUGGCCUUCCGAUUGUUCAGUUUAUCAACAACGUUGUUUGUGCGACACCAAAGAUCCUGGAUGCCUGAAUCCCUCCAACACACAUUUGCACAUUGACUACUACGGUGAAUGUCACCAGGUCAAAGAGUGCACAGAGGAGGAAAUGAAAGAUUUCCCCAGACGUGUGCGCGAUUGGCUUUUCAACGUUAUGCGUGAUUUGGCUGAACGUGAUGAACUUACCGAACAUUAUAUGCAAAUGGAAUUGGAGGCUGAGACCAAUAUGACACGUCGUUGGUCCAAUGCUGCCGUCUGGAAAUGGUGCGAUUUGGAUGGUGAUACCGAUCGUUCUGUAUCCCGCCACGAACUCUUCCCCAUUCGUGCUCAUCUUAUAAGUUUGGAACACUGUAUUGCACCCUUCUUGGAGUCUUGUGAUCCCAACAAUGACCAUCGCAUUACCCUUAUUGAGUGGGGUGCCUGUCUUGGUCUGGAACAUUCUGACCUCAAUGAACGCUGUGAUGAUAUUCAAAAAACUGUGCCCCACUUGUUGGGUUAAAUGUGUUGUGUCAUCAUGCGACGGAAGUUGUUCAAUCGCCACUACUAUGCGUAGCAUCUUUAAUAGAAACAAAACCACAGUUUAUGAAGCUAUGUGAAACUAAUCAGCCAUAUUUCCAGAGAUAAUUAAGAAUUUAAUGCUCAAUACUCAAUGCCAAAUAAUUUGUAAUACUUCUUAUUUCAAAUAAAACAUAAAAGUAGAUUUUUAAACUCAAA